AGUGCGCAGGCGCAGGCGCGCGUUACCUGCUGGGUCUUGUAGUUGACGCGGUGCGAUGGGAUGAUGGGAGUUGUAGGCGCUGCUCCAUUACCGUCGUUGCUCGGUGGAACAAGGCCGGCGCUGUGCCGUCAAACCGCCGGGCGCUCAUGCAAAUCAAAUGCAAUUCUGAGAAAGUUUUCCUGUGUGAUUGGGUGGUAACGAAGUUUUGACAAAAUGAAUUUUGAUGAAGAGCUGAUGCCCAGACAAUUACCUGUGGAUGACUGGGAUACCACUGAAGACUUUGACCCAAGUGUGCCACCAAGAACACCCCAAGAAUAUUUAAAAAGAGUCCAGAUCGAAGCAUCAAGAUGUCCUGAAGUAGUGGUGGCAGUGAUUGACCCAAGAAAGUUAAAAAGUAACCAGACAGUAAAUAUUUCACUGUCGGGAUGUCAACCAGCCCCUCCAGGAUUUUCUCCCAGUCUCAAAUGGCAGCAACAACAAGUAGCUCAUUUUUCAGUCCUCCGACAGAGUACAGACAAACAUAGAGAUCAUUGGAAGUCACAGCCUUUGGACAGCAAUGUAAUGCUGCCAUCUCUUGAAGACGAAGAGGGGUGGAAAAAAUUCUGUCUUGGAGAAAAGCUGUACUUAAAUUCGUCACCAGUUACUAAUGAAAUUGAUAACCCAGGGAUUGACUAUGUGCAGGUGGGAUUUCCUCCCCUGUUGAGUAUUGUCAGCAGAAUGAGUCAGCCUACAGUAUUUAACAUAUUGGAAUACCUAAUCAUUUGGUUUGGAGAUAAAAAAUUAUAUCCAGAAUUGGGUAGAUGGCUGUAUGCUUUGUUAGCCUGCAUAGAAAAGCCACUACUUCCUGAGGCCCAUUCUCUUAUUCGACAGCUGGCUAGAAGAUGUUCUGAAAUUCGUGCUAAACUAGAAAAUCCAGAAGAUGGAGAAUUGUCAGCAUUGAAUUUACUUAUUUGUCUAGUUGCCAGGUAUUUUCAACAGUGUGACCUUGCAGAUAAUGACUGAUGUUAAUGAAGUCUGGAAUAAAUACUCAGUCCAUCAUUUUCAACCAUGUUAUGCUGAUAAUGUAUUUUGUUAGAUCAUUUUCUGUUUUGUUGACAGUCUUAUUUAAAAUCCAUAUGAUAGAAUAAUCAAAGAAUAAAUGCCAAUUCCCAAUUUUUGUAAUAAACAAUUUGACAUGCUGGAA